AUGGACUCAGCAGCCAGGGACAAAAUGCAGCCCGCACUUCCCCCUGGGCCUGAGUGGCCGGAGCAGGAGAGGGCGGAGCAGCUGGCCCGGGGUGCAGCACUCAAGUGGGCCUCGGGCAUCUUCUACCGGCCAGAGCAGCUGGCCAGGCUCGGCCAGUACCGUAGCCGCGAGGUGCAGCGUACCUGUUCCCUGGAAGCACGCAUCAAGUCGGUGGUGCAGUCAUACCUGGAGGGUGUGAAGACCGGUGUGCGGCAGCUGGCCUGGGCCCUUGAGGACGUGCAGGGAGCCCGCGAAGCCCUGGGCCAGGCUCAUGGGUUGCUCUGGGGUAUGGCUGAGGCUGCACAGACCCUAGAACCCCUGCGGGAGCAGGUUGUGCAACACAAGCAACUGCAGGCCAUGUCUCAGCUGCUGCCCAGGCUGCGAGCUGUGCCUGCUGCAUUGGCCCACACACAGACCCUGAUUGAUGCCCAGCGACUCUUGGAGGCAUAUGUGAGCCUUCGGGAACUGGAGCAGCUACAAGAGGAGACGUGGGCACCUCUCGGGAGCCUGGAGUUGCCAGUGUUCGAGGGGCUGGGCCCUCUGGCUGAGGCUCUGGGCCAGGCUGUGGAGGCGGCUGCAUGGGCUGCAGGGCGGCUGGCACGGGAGGAUCCAGCCCUGCUGGUGGCUGCUAUGCGUGUGGCCGAAGUGGACGCUGGGCGCACAACCUCCCUGGAGCAGGCUGCCCGGGACUGGCGGCAGCGCUGUCUGCGGGCACUACAGGAGGGCUUGGAGCAGAUCCACUUUGGGACACCUCUGCAGCCUGGGCCAGGGGCACUAGCAGAGUGGCUGGAGGCUCUGCGGGUGGCUCUACCAGCAGAGUUGGCCGCGGCUGAGGCACUGGUAGCACCCUGCUGCCCACCACACUACAACGUGGUCCGGCUGUGGGCCCGCACCCUGCACAGUGGCCUGCGCCGCUGCCUGCAGCAACUCCUGGAAGGGCCUCAGCUGGAAGCUGCCGACGCCUUCACCUUGCUGCAUUGGGCACUGCAUGUGUACCUGGGGCCAGAAAUGAUGGGGAGCCUGGAACUAGGGCCCGAGGCUGAUGUGUCUGAUCUGGAGCCCCUCCUGACCCUGGAGAACAUCGAGCAGUUGGAGGCAAUAUUUGUGGCCAAAGUCCAGGCAAGUGUGGCCCAGUGGCUGCAGAAGGCACUGGACGGGGAUGUAGCUGAGUGGGGCCGAGAGCAGGAGCCUGACACAGACCCAUCUGGCUUCUACCACUCACCAAUGCCAGCCAUCGUGCUGCAGAUCCUGGAAGAGAACAUUCGCGUGACCAGAAUGGUCAGUGAGUCGCUGCAGCGGCGGGUGCAUGGCAUGGCACUGUCAGAACUGAGCGCAUUCCUAAGGAGCUUCAGUGAUGCUCUGAUCCGAUUCUCCCGAGACCACCUCAGGGGGGAAGCAACGGCCCCUCAUUACGUGCCCUACCUGCUGGCCACCCUCAACCACCAAUCAGCACUCAGCUCCUCCGUGUCCGUCCUGCAGCCCGACGGGGUGGCUCCAGGGGCCUUGGCUCCGGUGGAGGCAGCGCUGGACGAGUUGCAGAGGAGGAUCUGCCGCCUGGUGUUAGAGGCGCUGCUGGCGGAGCUACAGCCCCUAUUCUCUGCUCUGCCCUCUCGCCGGUGGCUGUCGAGCCCAGAGCUGCUGGAUGACGUGUGCGAGCGGACCGCGAGCUUCUGCCAGGACUUCCGACACGUGCGGGAUCCUGCGGUCCAGCUGCUGCUGGCUGAGGCGGAGCGUACCGUGGUGCUGCAGUACCUACGUGCGCUGAUGCAAGGCCGCCUAGUGUGCCGCGGUGCUGACGAGCGGACCCAGGCGGCCGAGCGCCUGCGGCACGAUGCCGCCCAGCUUCGGGAGCUUUUCCUCGGUUUGGGCCUGGAGGAGAGCGUUCAGUGCGCGUCAGUGCUGCUCGCCUUGAGGGAGCUGCUNNNNCUCCGCGACCCCACGCUGCUUGGUCUCGAGGUGGCAGGCUUGCGGCAACAAUUUCCCGACGUGAGCGAGGAUCACGUCUCCGCCCUCUUGGACCUGCGCGGGGACGUGUCCCGAGAGCAGCGCCUGGCCGCACUCAGCUCUCUGCAGGCCGGCCCGCAGCCCUCGCCCCCAGCGGGUGGACGCGCACUCUUCAGCCUCGUGCCAGCACCUGCACCCCCGCUGUCCUCCUGCCUCCCCUCGGGGUCCUGUGCCUGA